AUGCUGCCUAAGAGUCAACACGAUCUCUUGGUAUAUGCAUUAACGGAUGCCAUGAGGAAUUCUAAUUACAAUGAUCAUGAAACUAUCAUUCAACUCUCCAAGCCAGAAACCUUGCAUGGCAAAAUGAACAGGCUAGUGCAUGACCUUUCUCGCUGCAUGAGUUUGGAGCUGUUAGGAAUCAAGGAUCAGAAGGCGAAAAAGAAGUCGAACAAGCGUGAAGGAGGUGGCAGCACUCAUUUAUUGGAUAUAGACAAUGAAAAUAUCGGUAAGAUUCCUUGA